CGGUGAGCCUCAGUCCGCCUUCCGUUGCCCUCUCUUUCUUGUCUCUACUACCGCAUCAACAACUUCACAUUACACCAAAACAAGACAGAGUGCCAGAUGUCAUGGGGAAGAAAAAGGGUGCUAAUAGGGCACUGACGCAGGAAGAAAUCUGGGAUGAUUCUGCGCUCGUUCAGAGCUGGGAUGAAGCAGUCGAGGAGUACAAUCUCUACCACAGCAUCCAUGCAAAGGGGGAGAAUGUGGAAGAUGUUCUAAGAGAAGGUGAAGCUAAGGAAGAGGCAGAGGCUGCGGCUGAGAGGGCCCAUGCCGAGAUUGAAGAUGAAAAGGAUGAUGACAUGGCCGAUGCCGAUGCUCUCCGGCCUGCCCAAGAGACGCACCCAGUCCUGCAGGCAGUAAACGGACGAGACGACCCGUGUGUUGGAGCGCCCAAAGAGCAAGGUACCGCGAAUCCCAUUCCCCAUCCCGCUGCUGCUAUCCCCCAGCCUCUCCUGAAUCAAGUUCAAGAUGAGGGGCUAAAAAACCUCAUGAUGGCCUGGUACUAUGCUGGAUAUUAUACAGGUCUCUAUGAAGGACAACGAGGAGCAAAUCAAAAUAAGGGCUCGUGAUGUUUGCCAUGGGAAACCCCCCUUCCUAAUAAUGAACUUGCAACUUCUGGAUGUGAUAUCUGCCAGAACAAAGUCUCGGGGUUGGCUUUCAGGAUGUGUGUUUGCCUAGUAAGCUAGAUGCGGAGCAAACACUAUAAAGACUUGGUGGGAUCAAAGCCGCGCAUGUUAAGAGAAGAAUUCUUCGCCUUGCCAGGUUUUAUAUAGGUAAAUAUUGGGCAGGCAGUUCAGUUUACUCCAGUUCACUCCUAAAAAUAUACUUUUUAUUAAUAUUUCUUCUCCAAGGCAGACUAUGGUUUAGAAAUAUUAAUUUCCG